AUGAAGCGGCGCUGGGCUGGGCCGUGGGAGGAGAGCGCUGAGAUGUGCUGGCCCUCAGAGCUCAAUUAUAGCCGGCCCUGGGCCGCAAAGAGGCUCCGAAGGCGGCAGCCCCAAGGGCGAGGUGAGCGGCGGCGGCGGGGUUCGUGAUGUUCAGAUGAAAUAUUAGAUGAGGCAACAAGGCACCACCUGUUCACAGACACUUUCUGUAGGGUUUGCUGUGCGGUGCUGCCGUUUGAAUCCCAAAGGAUGUCACACUAUGAGGGCAGAAAGCAUGCUCAGAAUGUUUAUUUUUAUGUCCAAAGUCAUGGUAGGAAGGAUGAGAGAAUGAGGCAUGACAAAAAGAAAGAAAUAAUGGAUUGUACCAGUUUUCAGAUGGAUGGAACAAGGAUAGUACAGAAUAAGUACUGUAAUAUCUGCAACAUAACUUUGAUUUCCCCAGGUGUUGCAUUGUCUCACCUCCAGGGGAAGAUCCAUGCUAAAAAGCUGAGGCAGUUAGCGGAAAGGAGAGGCCUGAUGGAAGCACAGAGCAUGCAACCUGUUUCUGAAACUGAGGUGCCUUCAUUGUCUCCAAAAGCAAGCUUGGAUCUGAACUACUGCUGGCUCUGCUGUGUUCCUUUCAACAGUCCAUUCUCAGCGCAGGAACAUUAUGUUGGUAAAAAACAUGGAAAAAAUGCAGCACGGAAGAAGAUAAUGGAGGAGCUGGGAAUCCAACCUGUCCCCAGAGAAUCCAGAACAACUGGUUCCUUCUUUUCUGUGAUUGGGCUUGGCCAUUACAUGUGCCCUGUUUGCAAUGUUAUACUUACAACUAUACAUGAGUACCAGUCCCACAUGCAAGGAAAAAAGCACAAGACCAGUUUAUGCAGAGCGACAAAGAUUCGCAGUCUCAGAAAGAGAUCAAAGAAAACUUACUACUCCUUUCAAGCUCAGGAAGCCACAUGUCUUGAGGAAAGAAUGGAUUUGAGAAUAGCAGAAGAGUUUCAAGAUGGAAGCCUUGGUGAGGUUAAGCCUUCAGCCUUUAUCUGUGAACAAGACCAGCAUUCCAGCCUUUUCUCAGAAACCCAGACACCUACAAAUACUGGGAAAAACAGAUCACCACGUUGCUCAUCAGCUGGUGAGCAUGCACAAGAAAAUAGAGCAAAUUGUCAGUAUAAUGCAGCACACUGUGUAGAAGGGCAAGCAUGUGGGGCAGCUGCCACCACAGAUGGCUUUGGUCUGUCAGCUGUAGAAUCUAAAGAGUAUUGCAAACUUGUGCUCGCUGAAACGUUUAGCAUCUCCUACAGAAAAGAGCAGAACCUUCAGGUAGAAUAUACUGAGGAGAAAAAAUACAUCAGCGAAGAGUUGAGGUGUAAGAAAGAAGACUCAAAACUGAAAAGAAAGGAAGAUAGUGAAGGUGCAGAUUUGGAGAAAGAAAGAAAGCAACGAAAGCGAAUUAAACCUGAUGUAGACUUAGUAAAUGAGAAGAAAUCAAGACCUAAUAAAGAUGAAAGGCUUAAAAAAAAACCUGCUAAGAAACAGAGAAAAAAGCGCGUAAAGAAUCAACAGACGUCCCAGAUAGAGAUCAAAACAGAACAUGGGGCAUUUUGGGAGGACUCUGGCUUUAUAUUCUGGUGA